AUGUACCAUCGGGUCAUCGCACACAGAUGCACAGACGCACACAGACGCACAGAACACAGAGCCGUGCACAGACACACACACACACAUGCACAGACCGGCCGCGUAAGACCGGCAGUCAACAAGUUUAUACGUAACCGAACGAGCGGGACGGGCUGUCUUCCGUCUCGCUCUAACAGCGGCCGGUCGCUGCACGUGUGUCAAAGACAAGACAAAACGGAUCGUCCUUAUUCGGAGUCUGAUGUGGAGAGGCAGAGUCAGUCUCCUCAACAGCAGCAUUGCCGAAGAUCCGCAUCAUCGCCUCCCUUGACCCUGACCUUCGACAGUGACCUAGAAGAUGAUGUUUUUAGCCCGAGAACAGAUGCCGGUAAUGAUAGAUUCUCGACAACCAAUCUGGAGAUAUUCAGAUAUGGUAGAACUCCAGCCGGUGUGCUUUUGAGUCCGCGUCGUGAAAGAUCAUUUACAUUUUCUGUAACAAGCGAGAAGCAUUGGCGAGACAAGGGUGGAACAGAUGUAGCUGAUGGUGUUGUGGAUGAAGACGUGGUAUGUAUAAAAAUAUCCAUUUUGAAACACAGCUAUACAUUUAAAAAGCUUUCCAAUCAAAUUAUAAGCGAGAGUUAG